GAUCUGGCUUGUUGACGGUCCAUUUCUAACUGUUAUUCUGAAAUUGGAGUAGCAGGAGCGGUGAAGUUCGUGGCAGAUGUCGGUAGCAAUAGUUCAGAAUAACGCGCCAAUGUCUGCUAUCGAUGCAUAGUCAACGCGCCAAGCAUCGACGCUUUCGUUCCUCCCCGUUGACGAAGAGCGAAGUCAAGAAAUUACAGAUUCAUGUCUUCGUCAUAUUGUCCAGAGGGUCACUCCCGUGUAAUGGAUUCCAUUGAAUGCUUGCUGCCGCAGUAUGAUUCGUCGUCAGUCCCCACUGCUCACAUUAAGAGCUCUUAAAUUGGCCCAUGGGGUUAAUCAAUGACGACAGAAGUGGUCGGCAGCCGACUGUUUAGACUAAAAUACAACUGAUAAGUUUUACAUGAGUGUUUGUGCCAGUGAGUGAAGUGUGAAACACGCACUAAGAAGCGACAAAAAACACAAGCGGAAUAGUACAUAUACAAAUAUACACACAUACAUAUAUAUGUAUAUAUAGACAUAUAUAGUUGCGCAUGCGGAAUUGCUGAAAUUCGAGCUACUGAUAGAUCAUCCUCAGUGCAAACUGUGCUUUUUACUGUUACUGAAUCUAUGGAUAUUCUGACAACUGUGUACCAUCGAUUACUUUAGAUGCCCACUUGAGAAAAACGUCGAAAAAGUCGAAAGAAGGGAACUACAAGGAGUAGUGCCAAUAUAAAAAAAGAGUGAGGUUAACAAGCCCAGAGACUCAACAUAUCCAAGUUGUUUUACUGUCUGAUAUCAUAUUCGGUGUAAUCAACUCGAACGAACAUUUGAUCUUCUCGCACAUUUGGACAUUGAGAAUCGACCUACGAAGGCGAGAGGAACAGCUCAGCUAUGCGGACAAGUGUGGCCUUCAGUGAGCAAGCCCAGGUAAUUAAUUAGAUUGAUCAACGCAGCACCCUUCGUCGCCGCCGUCGUCGAGCAGUGUCCAAGUAAUUUCAUUUCCAGAGGCACAUAUGGUCUCCAUAUCGAUAGGAGGAUAUUCGGGCAAUAAAGACGCUGCAGACGCGGUUCGUUCCCAGGACAAGCAUUUAUUGUGAUCUAAAAAGGCAAAAAUCUAAAAAAAAAAAGGCCAACACGCAAAAUGCGAGUGGUAGCGACAACAGCAGCGACGUGGAGCGUGUUACUCUGUCUCGCAGCCAUCAAUGUUCGCUCGGUCACGAGCGGCGAUGAUGUCACGGAAGCUCCUUCGGGCGACAUCGAGGUUACUACUACACGUCUACACAAGUCCACGUUCCAGGAACAGCCAUUUUGGACUACGACAGAAUCAUCCGACAAGGAUGACACAGUUACAACAGCGGUUCCCGGUGCACGUCUAGCACAUGCUGAUAUUCGGCGGGUAGGUCCUAAAGACGUCGUCUAUCAGGGAUCUGUAGCUACUCCGGAGCCGACAGCGCCAACGUCAACUGAAAUCGUUACAUCUACAUCUGAGCUAAUCGGUAAUUCUGAAAAUGCCGCGGAAGACGAUGAGCAAAAGAAGCGUGAAGAUGCUCCGCAGAAAGUUAGCUUUCAGGUGCUGAAGAGCGCAAAUGAUGCUUACCGGCCAGCUAUGCAGAGCGGGCCUGCAGUGGUAAGACGGACGGAAGUGAUGCAGGAAACGUACCGGGCAUUACCUAACGAUCCUGCUCCCACCAUCGUGGACAGUGCAUUUAGCCCCACCCUUGUCGAAGAAACUGGCGACACCAUAAACGACAAAAGUAUCGCCUCCGGAGGCAUCCAUUUGCCCGACCAGAUAACCGAUCGUGUUACGCAGACAGGCGCCGCUGCCAUCACUGCCAUUACUGCCGACAAAGACGCUAACGACAACAACGACAAAGCAAACGCGUCGCGAUCAUCAUAUUUAACGUAUAGCGACAACGGCCAGCAUUACGCCGCUGCUGUCGAAACGAUCACGGCGACAGGCAAAACACCUUCCAGUUCGAAAACACCGCUUUCGAUUGGGAUUGCCAUUAACUCGAAGCAGAAUCAACAGCACCAGAAGCUAAGCGCCAUUGCUGUCGCUGCACCUACACAGGAAAUCAGCAACAACGGCCAUUCGAUAAAUGGCGACCAGUCUGUCACGGAUACGCCUUUUCCUUCGGCCGUUGCUAUCAGUGUCAACAGCCAACAGCAUCAUCGUCAUCCAGAAGUGGCAAGUAAAUCCACACAGACUGCAACGAGGCAGACGGCGCAUGACAAGAAACCUACAGAUGAAUCAGCGAACAUCUCCGAUAUCGACAAAGGCAACAGCUUUACAUCAACCGAGUUUCCAACAAGGGAUCGUCAGACGACAGGUGACUCCAGCAGUGGAUUAGUGGCGUCGAUGGCAAAAGCAAUGGCCACCGUCUUUGUCUCAGUAAAUGCGACAAACCCUGUGCCGGCCCCCGACGUCGUGACCACUGUCCGACUGACGACGGACGACCUUUCUGGGGAAGCUAGUUCCAGCUAUACGACCACCACUAUUCAUGAUACAGGUAUUACUACAUCGAGCAGUAAAAGUAGCAUCAACGGUCGAAAUCGAACUAACGCUAUUAAUAGUUACCCUGCCAUUAGCGGUACCGAAAAUAACAGUACAAUAACGGCCACAGCAACAACCGAUGAAGACGACGCAGACAAAGUUCGCUCUUCUCCUUCCUCUUGUCGUUCGACUGCUGUUACCCGCGACGCCGCUGGUGGAAGAGGUACUGCUGCCGUUAAUCCUGCUGCCGGAGUGCCAGCCAUUACGCCAGGUAGAGGCAACAAAACUACCUCCUCAGCACCUCUGGCUGAAGCAACUCUUGAACUACGGCUUAACGAGGUCGUGGCCGUAGCAGAACAUAUCAUUAACGGAAAUACAACUUUAAGUAAUAGCUUCGUCACCAGGGCGAGUAACGCGUCGUACCCUACAGUCACCGCCUCCAACACGGCCAUCGUCGCAGCUGGUACAGCAGAAAGUACACUAAUCAGUGCCGAAACGGCUGAAUCGAAAAAAAUUAGGAGAGUCAAACAUGAACAACAACAACAACAACAGCGACGACGACAGCAAGAGCCGAUAACGAUGCAGCCGCUGCACGGCCGACACAAGCAGCGCCUCGAGCUACGCCAGCCUUCCGAGGAAAGCGACAUCGGCAGUAGCCCGAUGCUCAACGACGGAACAAGUGACGCGACAGAGAACUUUGACGACACCCCCGUGGAGGAACUCCCGGCCAUGUCCAUGAUGGCCCUUAAAGCUGGUCCUUUAGUAGAGUUCAGUUACAAAGAAGGAACGCCAAAGCCACCAUCGCGCAGUGAGGUGCGCGAGCCAGCCAAACCUAUUGGCGAAAUUACUGAGGAUGAUCAGGUUCAGACAGCUGAUAAAGACGACACGCAUUCCGAGUCAUCAAGGCACGAUAAGCGUGUCGAUCGGGUUCAUACCAAUGGUAACAGUGAUACGGAGAAACAUCAGCCAGAGGGAGUGCUCGAGGUAGCGCGAGUUAUUAGCAAAAUGCUUGAGGAUAAUUACGCAGCGCAAGAAAGUCGCCGUUUCCAUCAAAACGCCCAGAUUCUGCCGCAGCAGUUCGGAGCCAUGAAUGAGAAAGCCGAUAGUAAUAAUAGCACAAUAGCAGUGUUCACCAGUAUGCCGAUUGUGAUUCCACGUAUGACGACGUCAGAACCACAUCGCACCGAUGCGGCAGAUCACGAUUAUCAUUCGAUCGAGCUGAUGCGCCUUCGAGCUCGGGUGCAUAACGGCAGCGGAGGCCGACAGAGGGAACGACUGACAGUCGAGGCCGGCAAAGAAAAUCCGAAGCAACGACAACAGAGGCCAAUAGACCUCGAUGAAGAGGCAUCGAGCAGAUCUGCCUCAAGAACUGAAGACCUCACAGGAACGAACCAUCCUCGAACAUCGAAGAUUAUGAACACAUCUGGAAUUAUCAAGGAAACGGCUGCCGGAAGCAAGGACAAGUUUAUUUUCGUUAGGACUGUUCCUAAAGGAAGUCUAACCACGACAACGGUGAUGUCAUCUCAGUCGGUCUCGAGCUCGACACCGGCAUCGCUUACUUCUUCGUCAUUGCCAUCGACAGCUUCAACAACCGUAGCCAGUACCACGAUUUCAGCAACUACAACGGAGCAGAAUACAGACGAUUAUUACGAGGAUCCAACGGAAUUGAUCGACGAAAGGGAUGUUGUCAAAGCAUCGGAGACACGCGUUCCGCCACGCCCGGAGACAAGUUCCGAGGCAGUGAUUAUAUCACCGAUUCUCGCUGAAGCAACGGUGGGUGGCGGUGACACUGGCAUACCGUCGAGAAAGCCAAUUGAUGAUCGUCCGAUUAUGGCACCAGUUAUCCAGAAUCCACCGAACGAAAACUCCAUUAUCCGUAAGGACCUCAAACCACUCGGUGCCAAAGACGUACAGGUCAGCUUUAUCCUGCCUGCCGUAACAGAACCCGCCGUCGAUACGAAGCAUCAGAUGGCUGCGACGGCAAGCUCGACUGAAUCCUUAAAGGUGGAAGAUGUGGACAGUGACCUAUUCCCACAGGUCAACAGUAACACGAAGCCAGCAAUUGUCGAGAUUGAGGACAAAUACCGAAAACCAUACCCUAUGCAACGAGGUGCCGCUUCUGGUACUUUAGCUCCGACAACGACGUUAACCGCGUCGACUACGACGACUACAACAACGACAACAACAACAACAACAACGACGACGACUAGAAGACCAGCAGCUGUUAUGCCAGACGAUAGACAAGAUUCAUCGCCGACAAUGAACCCUGUCGUGGCACUGGCGGGCGCCGAAACUUCAACAGAGGAUAUGGAAAAGUACAUACUGGCCUGUCCACCAAAAGACCAGAUUCAUCCGUGUACCUGUACCGAGCACUACGAUGAGUUCGAUGAUUCAACCGAAACUUUGGGCAUGUGUCGUAACAUACACGAUACGGUGACACUAUUGGAGGCUCUUCGCGGAUUCCGGCAACAUCGGCUAUCGUAUCUAGUCAUCGACAGGAGCGAAAUGCCACCGUUCCCCAACAAUAUGCUGUACAAGAUCCAGGUAGAUUGGAUGGAAGUGAUCAAUUCGCCCGUCCAAUUCCAUCGCGAAUAUUUGCAAUGUACGAUUAAAUGCACGUUGAGCUAGAGGAAACGUAGCAAUACUGGCUUGGUAUACGGUACGGGCGGUGAAAAAGACGUUUCGACGUUUUUACCAUUAUCCAUUUUUCGUAGAUCUGGCCUUCUAGACGGGCGGCUGAUCACGCUUUCACCUUGCCGCUUAUCAUCGCCGGAUAAACAACAUCCUAGUGAGUCUUUGCACACAAUAUCGCGGUACAAAUCUAUUAUAGGUUAAAAGACACACAGAAGAGAUCACCGUUUUACAAACCUAAAAUAGAGUAAGCAAAACAGUCUGUACAUAACUAUAUACUCUCCUGCAAACUAAUAGCACAUAUUAAAUAUGGCUCAACACAAUAUAGUUGCCACCAUAUCCCGUGUAUUGUCGUAUUGAAUCGAAAGAUCGAUAAAAGUCUCCAGGGUGUGCAUCGAACUCCCUAUGGUUUACUCACAGAUUCCGCACUCGCAGAAACUAACCAGUCCUGCUACAGAAAAUGGCCAGGCGUUUGCUUAGCAUAAUGAAAAACAAUAUUGAACAACCCACAUUCAAAUAGAACACGAACACCCAUAUAUAUAUAUAUAUAUAUAUAUAGAGCGAGGGGGAGAGAUAGUGAGAACCGAGGUACUACCUGAAGUGUCAAACGUUACUCGGCACAGCAACGACAGCAAGACCGCAACGUAAAUUGAACCUGACAACCUUAUAUCUGCCUUAUCUGUCGAUUAUGAUGACUAGGGAAGGUUUAAUUUUGAGCAAUCUUAUUGACCGAGCGUAUUUUGUUCUACAUUGGCCAAUACAACAGCUGUCCGUAUAUAAAUAUUAGUUAGUGUAUCAUCAUGGUAAUAUUGUAAUAUGAUGGAUGUAUGUAUGUUCCUUGUCCGAACUUACCCGGACAACUUCUAGACACGUAACUAUUCACAAAGUGCCAGCAGAGAAAAACCUCUCUGCAAAAACAAUUAACGUAAUAAUAACUAAAGCAGCAGAUGGAGAUAGCAUAUUUGGUAUAUUUCGUUUAGGCGAGACUGAAAUUAUCAACGAGUAACUUGUGCCAGUAAUAACCAUAUGUCUGUGUAUGUCAGCGUAUGGGUAGUUAUGUUUUAUUUAUAUCAUAAAUUAAGCGAAGAUACCCAAUCGCCCUGAAGCUUAGGCGAGACGGCCUCCGCUAUCUGUAUAUAAAACAACAUCGCAUUUGGGUGGACAAAACUCAUGAGGAAAAACGACGCUAAAUUACAUCGAGUGACUACCGUCGAUAUAUUGGGAGUGGCUAUGUCUGACUCCACUCAAUGCACCCUGUCGUGUAUCAAUGUCGUCGUUAUGCAAUCAUAUUCGAAUUGAUGCUGCGCCUGAUAGGUUCGCAGGCUAAGGGCGAUGAGCAGGACGCGACAGAAGCUCCAACGACAAUGUAGUGGUAUAAGGCUGUACAUAUAUAUAUAUAUAUAUAUAUAUAUAUAUAUAUAUAUAUAUAUAUAUAUAAAGUAAG